AUGGCUGUUGAAUCAUUAAAUAUGGAAGACUUUGAUGUUUUCCCAACUUCAGGAUUCUUACCGGAUAAGUUACCAUUGGUAAGAUUACCUCAAGAAUAUUAUAAACCUUGGGAAGAUAUAGUCAACAAUCUUCCUGCACUUCUUUUGACUAGAAGAAUUAGAUCUGUUAUUGAUCAACUUCCAUUAUUAGAUACUUGUUAUCUUUCUAAUGAAGAAGAAUAUAGAAGAGCCUAUCAAGUAUUCGGUUUCUUAGCCCACGCAUAUAUUUGGGGAACAGAUGAACCAACCAAUAAAUUACCAGAACAAAUUGCAAACCCUUGGAUUAAAGUAUCUAAAUAUCUUAGAUUACCACCAGUAGCUACAUAUGCCGGUUUAUCACUUUGGAACUUUAAACAGAUCAUUCCAACUGCUGAAGGUGAAGAUAUAUGGGAUUUAAACAAUUUAACUACCAUAAAUACAUUUACUGGUUCAAUUGAUGAAAGUUGGUUUUUCUUAGUUAGUGUUUAUUUUGAACAAAAAGGUGGUCGUGCUAUAGCCACCGGGUUAGAUGCUAUAAAAUGUGCUUAUAAUAAUGAUAUACCGGGAUUAAUUGCCAAUUUACAACAAUUAGCUGAAUCUAUUGAUAUGUUAGGAUCUGUUUUGAUGAAGAUGGAAGAAAUGUGUGACCCACAUGUAUUUUAUUUUAGAAUUAGACCAUAUUUGGCGGGAUGGAAGAAUAUGGCUGAUGUAGGAUUAGAUAAAGAAGGUAUUUUAUAUGGAAAUGAAACAAAACCAAGAUCAUAUUCUGGUGGAUCAAAUGCUCAAAGUUCAUUAAUUCAAUUUUUGGAUAUUUUGUUAGGAGUUAAACAUUAUUCAACUGGUGAAAGACCAUUACCAUUCCGUAAAGAUGAAGGCAGUAAUACUGACGCCAAAUCUAAAGCUCCUGAGAAUAGUUUUAUGAAUGAAAUGAGACAAUAUAUGCCAGGUCGUCAUCAAGAUUUCUUAAUUAAACUUGAAGAAAUUUCAAAUAUUCAUGAAUUUGUAUUAACUCAUGGAGAUUCCAAUCCAAAUUUGAUAUUAAGUUAUGAUGCCUGUUUAGCUAUGUUAAAGCUGUUUAGAGAUAAACAUAUCCAAAUUGUAACCAGAUAUAUUGUAUUACAAGCCAAAAAGACCAAUAAAUUAGGUUCUUCAACAACUUUAAGAUCAGGAUUAGCUAGAAAAAAGAAAAAUGGAGCAGAAGAAAAGGGAACCGGUGGUACUUCUUUAUUACCAUUCUUAAAACAAUGUAGAGAUGAAACUGGUGAUCCUGCUGCUGGUAGUUGGGGUAAAAGAAUUCUUAGUGAUGGUGUUAUGAGAUUGAAAUAUUCAAAAUCAAAUGCAAUUAAUGAAGAUUAA